GUGGUGGUAAAAAAUUGGGUAAACUAGCACACUUUUUUUUUUUUUUGUCACCUUCGAACGUUUGACUCUUACGCACAAUGUUUCGAUCACGUCCUAAGGAGCCUGCGAAUGGUACCGCCGACGAAAAACUUGCUUCAGAAGCACAGUCAGAGCCAACAACUGGCAUUCCGAUAUUCACUCCACCCAAAAACUACUCUCCUCUCGGCUACCCAAGUCUAGAUGAGGCGCAAAGUGAUAAGCUGCAAGCAUUGAAGGAUUACAUCAAUUCAGUUGUCCUUCCUGACAGCGAUCCUUAUCACCAAAAGGAAACAGCCUUUUUGACUGACAAGACUUAUCAAAGAUACCUUCGUGCAAGAAAGUUUGACGUGGAAGCUGCAAAGAAACAAUUGGAAGGCACUUUGAAGUGGAGACGCUCAUAUCGUCCGGAUGAAAUAGAUCCCGAAGCUAUCAAAGUUGAACAAAGUUGCGGCAAAAUGUAUUUCAAUGGUUUUGAUAAGCAUGGCCGUCCGUUGUGCUAUAUGAAGCCUCGCUACGAAAAUUCCAAGGACGCUGAUCGACAGAUAAAGAAUAUCGUCUUCAGCUUGGAGCUAGCGGCAGCUUUAGUGCCCGAUGAUGUCCACACCAUGGACAUUAUUGUUGACUUCCGUGAUGCAGGUUCAGGAGAUACCCCCGGAGUAGGAAUGGCCAAGCAGUUCAUAGAUAUUCUUGGAAACCACUACCCAGAGCGUCUUGGUGUAGCAUUUCUUGUUCACACUCCUUGGUUCUUUUGGACUACGUUCAAGCUUGUAUCUCCUUUCAUUGAUCCUGUUACUAGGGCAAAGGUCAAAUUUGUAGACUUGAAGGAACCAAAGGAUGGUCAGAAGGCAAACAAAAAUCCAGACUGGGUUCAAUUGACCGACUUUGUAGACAAGGAACAACUUGAAAGUGACUUUGGCGGUGAUAUUGCGUGGAAAUGGAACUUUGAGGAAUACUGGAAUACUGUUCUCAACUUCUUGAAACGUUAAAUGAAGUAUUUUGCUUUUAGAAAUUUUGUAGCCUCUUGUAUUCAACAAGAUAGACAUUGCUAUAGUACAUUUUAUGGAUAGGCAUUUGUGAAAUCUACCGACUGAACCUAUAAACUUUUUUUGUGCGAUCGAGCCGGUGGAACAGGGUUCAUACAUAGACGCUCUAUGCGUUCUACUGAC